AUGUCACUCCAGUUCACGGUGAGUGGCCCCAACAUCCGCGUGCUCCUGAGCGCUCUCACCUGCGUCAGUCGUCUCGGCGAUGCCGUAUACAUUGUGGGGCUGAGCGACGGCAUCGAGAUCAGCGCUGUGUCGCCAAGCCGCAACGGGCACAUCGCGGUGCGGGUGCACGAGCACUGUUUUGACCGCUUCCUGCUCGAGCUCCCGUCCCGCCGAAGCAACGCGGAUGAUGGCAGCGGCCUCGUCACCUCAGAUCCAGCCGCGAAGGGUAGGGCAGACGAUGCCAGCACCGAUGGCCCCAAGCCCUACUUGUGUCUGCUUACCAAGACGCUCGUCGCGACAGUGCUGCGGCAGCACAAUACCAACGUGCAAAGCCUUGACUUUCAGUACCGAACUGCGGAGUCCUCCGACAGCGCGGCGGCGGCGGCGGAGAGCGACGCGGAGAAGGACAGCGCUGACGCGGACGUGGUGCGGUGGCACUGCACCUAUGCACGCAGCCUCACGAAGACGUUUCUUCUCCGUCUCGCAGAGGGGGAGCCGACCAGCGUCUACGCGAACCUGUCGCGUUACCGCUUCGAGGUGUGUGGCGACGCCCGCGCGUACGGCAGUCUUCUCGCCUCGCUUCCAUCGAGUGCGAAUCAGUGUGCGUUGACGCUGCCGGAGAGCGGUGGGCUGGAGCUGCGCUCGGUGCGGCAGGCGGGGCCGUCGUCAUCGUCCACAUCGGCGGCAGCAACAGCAGCAGCAAGCGGCCGCGAGAGCGGCUUAGCUGCGGCACCGUCGGGCAGCAUCAGAGCAGCGGACGGCAGCUCCACAGUGGUGACGGCGUUCGAGAGUACCUUCACCCUCUUUCGCUUCUUCGAGCCAGCUGCCUCACCAUCGGCGACAGACGCAGACGGCGCAGCAGCGGUGACGGGGGCCGGCCCUUCGGAGGUGCCGCCAAGGCCGUUUCCUAAUACGCCACAACAACAGCAGCAGCAGCAGCUGAGCCCCCGACGCGACUCCGUGCUAUCUGCGUCGGAUCAUGCACCGUCGGCCACCGUAACAGCCGACUUUACUCCGCUGCCAGGCAAGACAUUUGAUGUGAAGCCCUUCAAGAACGCGGCGUGGCUUGCAGAGCAACUCGGCGUCCAGCUGCACCUCCUCACGGGCGAGGAAGGUGUGCCGAUCAUCAUCGCGAGCAUCACGCCGGAGGAGGUGCAGAAAAGACGUAUCACCGCCUCGGCCGACGCCGCGAGGCGCGAGGGGCUACCUGGCACUGGUGGUGCAGCAGCCCGCCCGUUCUUGGUGACGAACAACGCGCCAUCGGCCCCUGCCCCGACCUUGGUCUCGUUCAUCCUGUACGUGGCAGCAUUGGACUCGGAGCCAAGCGGCGGCAGAGCCUCUGGUUCAGGCGGCGCGCCUGGCGGAGCCGAAGACACGAGUAUCGCUACCGCCAUCAGCUCUGCUGUCAACACCCCCCGCCCCAGCACGCAUCACCGGACGUUGAAAGGCGACAGUGGCGCUCCAGCAGCGGUGGCCGCGACGCCGACCCCAGGCUACGGCGAUGAGGAGAACGGGGAGCGCGAUGGUAUGCCCGUGAGCAGCGGCAACAGCACCACGAGCGGCACCCUGUCUCACGUGGAGGCCAGCUUUGCGAGCACCAAUGCUGCCACGGCAGCUGGUGGGGUGGUGGGGCGCCUGUCCCGCGAGAGUAACAGCACCGUCGACUCUGCGUACGCGACCCCGCGACCGACUGCGUCCCCAUCGGAGUUGGUGAUGGUCAUGACCGCUGGCGACACUCCGGGAACCCGUAGCGCUGAUACCAGCGGUGGUCACGCGGCCCGCAAAAGCGUUGACUUCCUAACGGGCGCCACGGCAUCGUCGCUGCCGGGGAACUCCACCGUGGCCAUGACAGGUGCCGCGCCGCCUUCCGCGUCACUGCCGCCCUCGUCCUCGCAUACCCCCGCUGCCACUGCUCUCAACUCCAUGUACCCGCUCGACUUCGAGGCGUUUGUGCGCACCUACACCUCCGCCAGCGAGGCGGACGAUGCGGCGGGAGAGGAAGACGCGCAGGAUGCCGAGCUGCGCGAGUUCCUUGCCAGCUGCGUCGCCUCCAUGUCGCGAGGGCCGGCGCACAACUGA